ACAAUUACGGAUGAAUGUAUAUUCUCAUCUGAAGAAUCCUUUCGAAACGAGUAGGGGACCGAAGAGUAGGGGUGGUAAAACGGAGACGCACUCUCUUCUCGUGAUACAGCCCAUUCGACCGUCGCCGCGUGCAGCCGAUGCCACACGCGUAAAAUAAAAACAAAUUGUCUAUGAAUUUUCCCGCCAGUUUUUAGUGACGUUUUGAUUUUUUAAUUUAAAUCGUUUAAGGAGACUGUUAAUUUUUGGUGAUUAAGUGCAUUGUUGGAUUAGUGGACUGUGUUGUGUGAUGACUGGUAGUGCACCAUGAGAGGCUUAUGGUUGUUUUUGCUGCUGGCGCAUACGGUUUGCGCCAUCACCGGACCUAGGUUAGAAAAUGACUACGACAGAAGAAGACAAACGACGCUCGGGCACCCCGGUUUCAACGAGCACCAGACCAGAUUCGGCCUCAACUCGCCGCUCCAAAACUUCCAGCAGGGAGGCCUGGUCAGCAGCCCGGCCCCGGCCCUCCAGUUCCAACAACCCCUGUUCCAGCAGCCAUAUGUCCCACAAUUCAACAACAUCAUACCCACCAAUAUCCCUAACAAUCAAAACCUCCCUCUAAACAACAACGGAUUCUUUAACCAAGCACCCAACCUUCCGAUCCAAAAUACCUUCCAACAACAAAACUUGGCACAGCUCCCCCAAAAUAACCUCUUGCAGCAACAACCGACUCUAUCCACCUUCCAGAAUAACCUACCUCUCCAGCAGAACACAGGUUUCAACAACCCCCUACAAGGCAACACUGUGAACAUCGGACAGCAGAGGCCGACUCAAGCGGCUUUCCUGCCAACUCUGCCUCCAACACAGAGUCAGCCAUUCCAACAAAGCCCUAUUACCAUCCAGCAAGCUCCUAAUCUUGCUAAUCUUGCUCCACAGAAUCUAAACCUUAACAAUGCCCAGAUUCCCUUCCAAUCAUCUCUAGGCCAGGCCCCAAUCUUCUCAAACGGACAAACAUCUCAAAUUCAAAACUUUUUCGAACAACAAUCGCAAGAGAACCUGGAAAAACUGAAGGAACUCCAAGACCGACAGCGGAUCAUCCAGAAACAUCAAGAAUUUGUACAAAAACAACAGCAAAAGCAACAGGAGAAAGUAGAAAAACUUCACGAGGAAUUCGUGAGCAAACAGGCAACAAAGACGUUGCCCACUUUUUCGACCACAGAACGCUACGACGAUUUCUACAACAGAAAUCAGGAAAAGCGCAGACCACUUCUCGCGCAUGAAACGGAUUUAUUUAGGAAAGCUGUCGAAAUGUACGAGAAGCAGCACCCCACUACCACCACCUCCACAACAACGACUACUACUACCACCACCCCGGCCCCAUCUAGGUACAGGACCAGAGCUAAAACUCAAACUAAAACAAGAGCUCCACCCCAAGACCGGGAAAAGCAGAAACUUUACAACGAAAUCAAAAAUCUUUUGGAAGAAAGCGAAACUAAAGGCUUUGACGACAGCUUGAGAGCUAAAAGCGUAGCGCUGCUUCAAAAACCUGAUAUCCUCAAACAACUGAAAGUUGCUUUAGCUGAGAAUCCCGAAGACUUCAAUGAGAAAAACUUUACGUCGCGGGAGAUAUCUUUGAACGGGCAGAAAUUCGAAGUUAUAAGAACGACCAACCCCAAUCUGAUUCCUAAAGGCGCGAUAUCCGCUGAUGGAUCAAAUUUACACAUUAUGACCUUACCAUCACAACAAAAAGAAAGCAGAAUUAAUUUCGAUGAUCUCACAAAAGGUGUUUUGCCCCCCGGUGCCGACUUCGAACUAAUACGACAAUCCGACAACGGAAAACUUGAAGAAGUUUCCAAAAUACCGAGCACUAUUCAAAAUAAGAAGAAAGUCACUUUCGUAUUCCUUGAAGAACAGGACGAUGGCUCAUACAAAGUGAAAGGUGUCAAAGCAAACGGACAACAAACUGAAGAAGGACCUGAAGUGGAAAACAUUUUAAACAAGAUAAAGAAAGGCGAAAUCAAACUUCCAGGACCUACUAAAAUAUCCAACGCAAUUUUCAGUUCCACGACAUCUAGUCCAGUCACAGAUGCUACAGAUUAUAUAGCCGAGUCGUCCCACCACCCUUCAAGCUACUCGAGCUUUGUCACCACUUCGAACUACGGGACAUCGGGCCAUACAAACCCAAUCAUACACACAACACCUACACCAUCAUACCGAAGCACCACUCUGGCAACGAGAAAUACUCAACCUCAUACUUAUAAUACGCCUACAACUAGAAGUGUAACGACAACGGAGAGAUACGUCGCUAAAUCCACUUCACCUUCAUUCGUAGCUUCUAGAAACACCUUCAGUCCAUCAACGAGGAACAGCUUCCCAAGCUCAACUCCAUCUUACGUUAGUUCCACGCCUUCUUACAGCGGAGAAGAUUUAGUCGUCAUAGGAUCAAGCUCACUCCCUCCAAGCGUGGAUGAAGGCAGUUCACAUCUUCAAUUUUCUAGACAAGCGAACCCUGGUCUAGUGGACAUACUGAAAGAAAACGGGUUGUUCGCUACUGCUAAGUAUUUGAAGCAAUCAGGGUUGGAUACGAUUUUGAAUGAGACUGGGCCGUAUACGAUUUUCGCUCCGACAGACAAGGCUUUCAGGACGCUGCUGGUGCAGCUUGGAGGCCCUGACCGAGCCGAGGAGAAGUUCCGAGACAAUCCGAGACUGUUAAGUGGGCUACUUCUGCACCACGUGAUCCCCGGAGCGUUCGACAUCGCUUCUCUACAAGACGAGAUGACCGGAGUAUCACUCGCGGGCACCCAACUGAGGGUCAACCAGUAUGACAUGCACGACGUUGAGUGGAACGAGGUUCGGGUGACAACCAUCAAUGGGGCGAGGGUGCUGGAUGACAAGAAGGAUAUACAUAUUCCGCAGGGCAUCGCGCACGCAGUAGACCGGGUGAUGUUCCCGCUGCCCGUUGGAGACCUGGUGCAGACCUUACAAGCAGACAGAGACAGGCGAUUCACCACGUUCCUAAAGGCCAUACAUGCGAGCGGAUUCGCGGAAACUCUAUCAGAAAGCAAAACCUACACAGUAUUCGCACCCACCGACGCAGCCUUCGCUCGCGUCUCCCCUACUGAACUCGCGCGCUACUCGGAAAAGAGCGCUGCGCGAGCGCUAGUAGCUCGACACGUGUUGCCGGGAACGCUAUAUAGCGCCGGCAUGCGGUAUUAUCAGCUCAGGAAUUCUAUGGAGGAAGCCACGCCGCUCACGCUACAGAAGAAUGCUGGCCGCAUAAAGGUGAACAACGCGCAGGUGAUAACCCACAACAUCCCAGCGACAAACGGCGUCAUUCACGCGGUCGACACCAUCCUGUAGCCGCCAUCUUGUACACCUGAACUUAUCUGCUCUGUGGCGCGAACGUAAAUACCAUAGACAAUGAAUCUUAUUGAAACUUGAAUCACUGGGUAGGCCACAUGAAGGGGAUAGCACGAUACUAGAAUAGAGGAUUUGUCUCUCUCGCGCUUGCUGGAAAGAGACGAAUGAUUCUGUUCUGCAAAGGCAACGUGCGUCUAGUGCAGCUGGGAUGUGUAAAAACAAAAAGUAGAGAGUCGGACCAAACAACCUUUGCAAGGUAUUUGUAAGGCAAAGUAUGGGAAUGUCAUCAUGAACGAAUAUCUAUGAAAAUAUAAAGUUUUUAGAGGCACUUUCAUACUUCGUCACUUCAAAGUCGAUGCAGAGUUAGUUUAGUCGGACUAAUGUUUCCAUUUCGUAAUUUUUUUCGCAAAAAGUUUCGGAAUUAAAGUAAAAGUUUCGUGGUAAUUAGUAACAAAUCGGGUAAAUUUGACCUGUUUGCACCCAGUAACGUGGUUUUAUGAUUGGUAAAUGGUUUGUUAGAAUUACUUAAAUGGCUACAGCGCCGACGGCAGAUAAGUUACAGGUUACCCGCCAAAUUAGCUUCAGUGAAGCUUAGUCUCCAUUUUGUUU